AUGCACACAUUUCCUCACCCCCUUCCCUUCGCACACGUCGGCCAGCUGGAUUUGGAUACGCAGCUGCAGCGGUGCCUCAAUUACGAGGCGUACGAGGCGGCGCAGGAAGUGCGGAAGAAGCGGCAGAGGGUAGACGAGGCUGUACAGCAAAUGCGGGAGCGUAAGGCCCGCAAUACGGGCAUGCCUGCAGCCAGUACGAAGCUGGGGGCGGCGGAUUUCGCGACGGAGGGGCUCAGGCUUCGGAGCGAGAUGCAGCGGGCCGUGGAAGCGGAGAACUAUGCGGACGCGGCCAAGUACCGGGACCUGCUGCGGGAGCUGGAGACGCAAGUGAAGAAGGCGGCGGCACUCGCCGCGGAGUGGGACACCACCACGUCUUCUUCGGGUGGUCCCAAACUACGGUUGGGUCAGAGGGUACUUCAUCGGCAGCUCGGCUACCGGGGUGUGGUAGUGGGGUGGGACAGCCAGUGCUGCGAGAGCGAGGACUGGAUCGCGCAGUCCAAGGCGGAAUCACUACAGGGAGGGACACGGCAGGUGUUUUACCAUCUGCUGGUGGACGCACGUGACUGGGAGUACGAUGCGCAUCUGCCGCCGGUGGCGUACGUGGCGGAAGAGUUGCUGACGUGGCCGGAGAUGGAGUCGGAGGGGGGUAAGAGCUGGGUGGAGGUGUACGGCAACGACCCGCUACAGCAUCCGUACUUGUACAUCUUGUUCCUCGGCCUGGACGGCCGAGGGGACUACGUGCCUUGUCGGCAGUUGCGGGACAAGUACAGCGCUUGCACACACGGACAAAGCCUCCAACAGGACAACCACUUCUCAUCCGCCAUUAUUGUCUGUUUAGCCAAUAAUAGCAAAUCAACAAGAGCAACAACUGGCCAAAUUUCCACUAGCCAUGCACACAAAAACGGCCAUUCAACGUUAUUCACUCAAUCAGCACACGGGAACGGUAAAUCACAUCACGUCAACACCGCGCCCCUAGAACACCAGCAGUGCCGCGGGCGCCGGCACUUUUUGUUUCCUCGGCUUUCCUCGGCUUUGCACAACACGAUUGCCACUCAAACACGGCGCUCGGGCUGCCCCAGCUCGCCUCAAGGGGGAUGCAGGCCCCAAAGGGUGCCGCAGCAGUGGGCAGGCAAAACAAAAACAUGA